AUGCGGCUGCCGCACGCGGCCGAGCUCCGCGCCUUCCUCGCGGCUGCCGCCGUCGCGCAUCUCUCCUCCUCCAGGGCCUCCCGCACCUCCCCGUGCGCGCGCCCGCCACCUCCGGGGUUCCGCGCGUUCGCCUCCUCCCGCGCCUCGCCGCCGCCCUCCUCGCCCUCGCAAACGGGAGCAGUCGCCUCCGCCUCCGCCGCCGCCGCCGCAGCAGCUUGCGAGCAUGUGGCGGAGAAGCCCGCUAUAUGCACGGCCGACGAGCUGCACUACGCGCCCGUGCCGGGCACCGAGUGGCGGCUCGCGCUCUGGCGGUACCGUCCGCCGCCUGAGGCGCCGAAGAGGAACCACCCGCUGAUGCUGCUGUCUGGAGUGGCCACGAACGCCAUUGGGUUCGACCUGUCCCCUGGGGCUUCAUUUGCUCGUCAUAUGUCCAUGCAAGGAUUUGAUACAUGGAUUGUUGAAGUGCGUGGUGCAGGCCUGAGCAUGCGUGGAUCAGAACUAGCUGCAGCUAACACCGAGUCUGACAUCACCCCUGAUCCUAGUUUGGAUGAAAGUUCUACAGCAAAAGCAAGUGGUGUUGUUCCUGCUAAGAAUAUGUCCACUUCUCAACCUCUUAUUUCUGAAGUUCCAGUAAUAGCAGAUAAGAACAUGGUAGGAACAAGUAUAUCAGAAGAACCACAGCUGGUGACAAAGUUGUCAAAUGCUUUGGCACAAUUGGGUGAAACAUUCUCAGGUUAUGUAAAAGAUAGCCAGCUGAAAAACAUAGCUGACAGUUUUUUUGAUCGAGUGUCAGAACUUGCUCCCGAUGCCUCCUUAGCUAGCCUUGAGGAGGUUUCAGAAAGGAUUUUAGGUUUGUUGGAAUUGCCACAGACAUCAGUGAUAUCUGAUCAAAUUAGCAAUUUAAGUCAGCGCCUUGUGAAGAUUCUGGGGGAGGGUCAACAAAGUGUUUCCCCUAAGCUGUUUGGCUGGCAAGAACGCCUCUCUGCAACCAUAGAAGACCUACAGAAACAAUUGGAGCUUAUUAUAAGCUAUGAUUGGGACUUUGACCAUUAUCUGGAGGAGGAUGUACCUGCUGCGAUGGAUUACAUAAGAAAACAGAGUGUACCGAAGGAUGGGAAAUUGCUUGCUAUUGGUCAUUCCAUGGGAGGAAUCUUAUUGUAUGCGAUGGUUUCAAAGUGUGGUAUGUUUUGUUGA